AGAGUCGACUGGCGGACCACUCAGAAACGCGGUUGUUACACUCAGCACACACGGCGGCGGAGAUUACGCGCAGGCGCACUUGCGUCGCCACCUCAAGUUCUGUAGGAUACCGAACCGAAAGAAGCAGGCGAUCGGUCAGCGGCUAGCCAGGCUUGGAGGAGUGGCAGGACUCUGAGCUCUAUUGGCUGAGUCUGCAUGGAAAAAAAAAAAAGGCCGGCGCAGGCUCAAGCGCUCCCGGCAUCCCUCGCGGGGCGGCGGCUGCGGCGGCGGCGGCAAGCGAGAAGGGGGACUGGGAGAGGUAGUGUGAAGUCCGGAGAGCGGCUGAGAGACCUGAGGGGGACUUGGGCCCGAGGCCGCCGCCGCCGCCAUGCAGGAAAUCAUCGCCAGCGUGGAUCACAUCAAGUUCGACUUGGAGAUCGCCGUGGAGCAGCAGCUCGGGGCGCAGCCGCUGCCCUUCCCGGGCAUGGAUAAGUCGGGGGCUGCUGUCUGUGAAUUUUUUUUGAAAGCUGCCUGUGGCAAAGGGGGCAUGUGCCCAUUCCGCCACAUUAGUGGUGAGAAGACAGUUGUGUGCAAACACUGGUUGAGAGGACUGUGCAAGAAAGGGGACCAGUGUGAGUUCCUGCAUGAAUAUGACAUGACCAAGAUGCCUGAGUGCUACUUUUACUCCAAGUUCGGGGAAUGCAGCAAUAAGGAGUGCCCCUUCCUGCACAUCGACCCUGAAUCCAAGAUCAAGGACUGCCCUUGGUAUGACCGCGGCUUCUGUAAGCAUGGUCCCCUGUGUAGGCAUCGGCACACCCGGAGAGUCAUUUGUGUGAACUACCUUGUUGGAUUCUGCCCUGAGGGACCGUCAUGUAAAUUCAUGCACCCUCGAUUUGAACUGCCCAUGGGAACCACUGAACAACCUCCACUACCACAGCAGACACAGCCUCCAACAAAGCAGAGAGCCCCGCAGGUCAUUGGGGUCAUGCAGAGUCAAAACAGCAGUGCAGGCAACCGGGGACCCCGGCCGCUGGAGCAAGUCACUUGUUACAAGUGUGGUGAAAAAGGACACUACGCCAACAGAUGCACCAAAGGGCAUUUGGCCUUUCUCAGUGGACAGUGACAGCAGCAACAGCAGCAGCAGCAGCUGGAAUCACUGUGGAGCAGCCUGAGGGCCCUGCUGUUGGGAGCAUGCACUUAGCUGCUGAAUGUAGGACUGGCGGGACCCUGGGCUGGAGCUGCAGGCAUACCUGUCAGGGCUCAUUUUGAGGGGCCAUGUCUUUCAUUUUGCUAUAAUUUUUUUUUUUUUUAAAGGACCAUGUGCUUCAGUUGGGUCCCCUGAACCAGAGUUUGCCUGGACACCAGUGCCUCGUUUUUUAUUUUUUAUUUUUUUGACUCCCUGCACACUGCCCUGUUGGGGAGAAGCUGGGAAGGGCUAUGCUUGGUCCUGGGUGGAAGACAGCUGGCAGUUCCCCUCAGGGCCUCAUUUAAACACCAGCACCUAAAGAGGAUGGGUGGAUCAUGUGGGGCUGUGGCCAUGCUUUCUCCAUGUCCUGCUAACGUCUGAAGCUGUGCCUAUGAAUGUGAUUGGAACACGGGCCCUUCUUGGAGCACCUGCUGCCUGGCCUGGCCCUAUUGUGGGAGAGGUGCCAGGCUCCCCAGGCUGAGCUGCUUUUCUGGGCUUGCUUUCUUGUGGAGCACCUAACCGACAGUGCUUCACGUGCACCUUCAGCCAGUGCUGCAGACCACCUUCAAAUAGCUGACCCAGUUGAUCUGCGCCUACCUCCUGCCAAGCAAGCUCUGUGCUGUGACUCAGACACCUGUGGCAUGCAGAGGCCGCCCAUCCUUGAGCCUAGAAAAUGUGAAUCCAUCACCUGCAGCCUGCUGGGCGAGUGGGCCUAUCCAAGUUCAGUUUUAAGAAUACUUUCUAUGAAGUUGAUUAAAAAGCUUGGUUUUUUUA